GAAUCCGUCCCUGCUCGUCCUGAAGAUGCAAUGGGAGCUUCCAGUGGACCAAGGCGGCUAUCUGGUAUGCAGAAGCAAGCACUUGCUCUAUAUAGAGGAUUCUUAAGAGCAGCCCGCUCCAAGCCUGCUGAAGAGAGGAGGCAAAUUGAGUCAGUUGUAUCCAGUGAAUUCCGCAAAAAUUCCAAGCAAGUUGAUCGUAAGAAUUUUAUUUAUAUCGAGUACUUACUUCGUCGUGGUAACAAACAACUUGAUCAACUCAAAAGCCCUGAUACAGUUGGAUUGUCAUCAUUAAGUGUUGAUUCUUCUUCACAAACAACAGGUUCAUCCUCCUAGAUUUUGUAAAGAAACCACUCCUUUUUCAACUUUUACAGGAGUUGGUUGAUUAUAACAUCUCUUUUACUGGGAUUAUCGUAGGGUAUUACUACUAGGAUUCAGAAACAUUUAUAUGGCGUUAAAGGGGAUUUUCAUCGAGGCUCGAGAGAUGGAAUAAAUUACAUUUACUUUUCUUCAAUAAAAAUUCAAGCUCGACUUGAUAGUGUAAAAAUUCUUUAG